AUGCCCAAGAUGCUAAAGGACUCGGAAAAACGACUCCCGUUUUUUCGCCAACGACUCCCAACAACCGUCAGCGGACGUCCGUUGGGAGUCGUCUUCUAA